AAAAUUCGAACUCGCCACAGAAAGAGAGGAAUCGUCCCCAAUUCCCCCUCCUGCCGCCCCCCAACUCCGGCGACCCGCCGCCGCCGCCGCCGCGAUGCAGCGCGGCAUGGACGCGUCGAUCUCGGCGCUGUGCGGCUCCCUCUCCGAGGUGCUCACCGACGCCGACGACUCCUCCCGCGCGCUCUCCGACGCCCUCUCCCGCCGCGCCAUCCCCCUCGAGUCGGCGACGAACGCGUUCCUGCAGGGGCUGGACCGGCGGGUGGAGGCGGCGGGCGCCGACCUGGUGAUGUCACUUUGAAGCUCUGCCCGUGCAGUGUUCGUAUAUUUUGGCUGAGGGUCAUGGGGUUUCUCUUGUUGGGGCAGAGGUGGAGGACGAGGUGGAGGAAGGUGCAGACUUGGGGGACCUUGAUGUCCCCGGGAAUGGGCUCUUGGGAGGGUCAAGCUCGGUCCUCAGGUCUGCCCGGAAGCACUUCGACGACGAUGAACUAUUUGAGGAUUCCAUGUCACUAAAGAAUUUUGGGAUUUCUGAUGCUUGUCUGGCUACCCUGUCCUCUCAAGAUAUUGAUUUUUCUGCAAGCCCAAAGAUGCCUGACAGAAAACUUGGAAGUGUUGAUGAUGACCAAAAGAUCUUGGAGGAAGCUGAAGAACCCACACCUCCCCAAAUUGAAACCUAUGAGCAAGAUGACAAUGCUUUCCAAGGAAUGAUAAGGGCGUCGAAGGAGGAGUACGAUAAACUUCCUCCUUACAUGAAGACUCUUGCAUCAUGGGAGGAAUUGCAUGACGCCGUUUCAAAACUAAAUGCAUACUUUGGUGGUGAUAAGGCUCAGGGAAGUUUAAAUCAGGAUGAUGUUGCAUCAAUCGGCUUGGGGCGCAAAGGAAGAUCCUACUUGUUGAUCCUUAUGCGGUUGAAUCAACUGGCUAUGGAGACGAUUGAUGGCUCAAUCUUCUACAACCUACGCAAGAACGACUCCUAGAUGAUUUUUUCAGAGAACCUGGGGAAACAGAAGGGGAUAUACUGAUACUGCCUCCAUACUGUAAUGCGUUUUGAUGUAGUUAGUCUGGUGCAUAACUUGUUCUCUCCUAAGGCAUUGGCUUGGAUUUGAUUGCACUACUGUUUUUAGAAUAGCUUGGUUUAAUCUGGUGAAGAGCUUGGGUUUGAUGGUUCUGGAUAUUCGGUCGUAAUGUAGUUGAUCUGGUGAAGAGCUUGGGUUUGAUGGUUGCUGUAUACUCAAACGUGGAGCUGCACAAGUGUUCUUUAACUGAAAUAAAGUGGAAACUGUACGAUUACAAAUGGUGGCCUAUCUAUCUGUGAAGUUUGCUCUUGCCGUUGCAAUGGAGGUGCUGAAUCACAAUAUCAGAUAUUGCAUGGCAAACUGAAGAACUGACGAUGAUUCAGGAUGGGUUCCUGCUGCAAUGUCACCCCAAGAUCUCUGAAGUUUUAUAAACUCCCGUACACUUAAAUGAAUCACCCCUUGCAAUAUUGCACAUAUUGCAAGUCUUACACUUCUAUGUGCACAAAUUUACUAUUUACAUUCCUCCAACGAGCCACAUAUAUAUGAUGAUGCUAUAUCUACAAAUUGCAAUGUACACAGCUUCAGAAUUUGUUGAAUUCUUCAGAUCCCAUGCCCUGCCUUGCCAUGCAGGAUGCAGCAGCGACAGUGGGGGAAGAUCCCUCCUAUCAGGGUGGUGCUCGAGGUUUCCGUGAGAUGGAUCCCGGAUCAUAUAUAUGAUCUCUCAAGGAUGCUCUGCGACAGUAUCUAUCUAGGC